GUACCCUUCAUGGAUUUUUCGAAACCUUUUUCAUGAUAAUUAUUUCGGUUAAAUUGAAUAGCUGGAGCUUUUAUCAUUGAAAUAUCCUUAAUAUAGAUACGUGAUGGUGCCCGUGUUACUAACGUCGUACAAUUAUAACAUUAACGGCUAAUUUACUAUCUAAAAGCAAUGGCGGACGACAUAGACAUUGAAGAGCAUGAUGUGCUGGACAGUCUGCGCCGGCGCCAUGAACAGCCUGACCCUUCUAUCGUCAAGUCUGAGCCUCUGGAGAUUGAGUAUGAAGACCCAAAUUAUGAAGACCCCAACUACGACCACCACCAACAGUGGGACUGGGACAAAGAUAAAGUGGAAAUAAAGAUAGAACCACAUACAGACGAAGAGUUUCGAUUCGGCAAAAUUAUACUCGGCAGCAAACCGACCCAGCUACCCGAGGAAAAUGACCAGGAAACUCCUGGCGGCAGCCAAGUUAGCGAGGAGGAAUAUAAUUACAAUAUGUCACUAGUUUUAGACGAUUGGGGUCCUGUUUUAGACAGAAGUGAUUGCUAUUGCAAAAUAUGUGAAAUCCUUUUUGCUACAGUCAACGCAUUAGACGCCCAUAAAAUGAUCGCCCAUUCCUUCCUUGUAGCCACGGAUAAACAGCCAAGCCCGGAAAGAAAUAAGGCAUUCAAAAGCACAGCCAAACCUAGUAAUGUAGUAAGUAAUGAUAACACUUGUAGAAUAUGUCAUUUCCAAUUCAAAGGGACUGUUGGCAAAUCAAAUCUAUUAAGACACUACAAAAAUAUCCAUCGGGUUGAUCCAAAAACCGUAAACACCAGUGACUUUAAAAGUUGGAGGAUUUGCAACCAUUGCAAUUUAUAUUUUCCGAAUGAUACUUCUUUAGUGAAACACUUGUAUGAAUUGUUGCCUUUAAAUAAUAAAACUCCGACUAAAGAUGAUAAAAGGAAUGUUGGACAGGCGGUGAUACCCAAACCGGUGUCAAAUGUUGUCAGAAAUAUUCCUAAAGCAGUCAAAUCUACAACUAGUAAGACUUCAAAUGUUUCACUUGUUAACUCUCCAAAUAAAAAAGAGGUAACAUCAGUGACUCCUAUGCCAAACCGAAUUAUAUUAGGAUCUAAACCUAUGGCAGUUAAAAGUGAAAAUAUUAAUGAAACUGACGACCCAAACAAAAGAACAUGUGAAAGGGAAAAGAAAUUUAAUUCGGAAAACCAGAAGCAGCCUAAUAAGAUCAAGUUGACAGAUACAAAAGUUAGGUACAAAUGUCUCUUAUGUAAUGAAAUUUUCACAACUGAGUAUGGAGUAAAGAAACACAGGAAAAAACAUCCAUCCAGGAUGAAAAGGAAACGCAUUUUCGUCAAAUUAGUCAACAAAAUAAACAAAGUCAUAGUGAAUCCUCACUUGAAGAAAGAACCUGUUAAAGUGAAGCCAAACUUGAUAAAGAAAGAAACACAAGUGUAUCCAUCAAAGGCUAUCGUUAAAAAAGCUGUUGUUGAAGAAGACAAAGGUAUAAUAGUUUCCAAAUCAACUUUGUUUAAAUGCAAUAGAUGUUCCGUUCAUUUUUUGACUUGCACUGGGGCUUGCCAACACUCCAUAGUGUGUGAGACAUCUUCCAACAUCCGGGACUGGGCCUGCCCGCUGUGCCAGCGAGUCUUCAAGAAUGCAGAAAAAGCUGCGCACGAGUAUCAACACAAAAUGUUAAAAGCCCACACGUUUAAAGUGUAUGUAGUGUAUUUAGAAAUGAUCGUCCGGAUCCUUUGCCAGUGUCCAAAUUGCUUCGUCUGUUUUGAAGAAGACAAAUUCUGGAGACAUGUCAACGGUGGAUGCAAUGACACGGCUUCUUAUUAUUGCAAUGAAUGUAGAUUGCCAAUUGACAUCCACUCAAAGGCCAAUCAUGAUAGCAAACAUAAGCAGGGAGACUUCACCCGGGAUGACUUUAUUAAGAUCGAUUAUGUUUCUUCCAAGCCCGUAGGUGUUCCAAAGAAAAUCGAAACUGAAGCCAUUGAAGAAAUAAGAAGCCCCGUGAAAGUAAAGGUUGAGAGCGGGACGCCGAGAAAGGGACUGAAACGAAAAUUGGAGUUGCCAGCGGUCCCACCCAAAAAAAGGAAGGGGCCUACGCAUGAACUCAUUUUGUAUUAUUGUCAAUUUUGCAAGGCAUAUUUGGGGAACAAAUCUGAUAUACACAUAAGUGGGAGCUGUAAAACGAGACAAAAAGGAAGACGAGGGUUAUGUAAAAGUUGUGGAAUAUACUUUAGACAAUCAUAUUACUUGAAGCACAUGUCCUUGCACGUUAAAAACCCCAAUCUAACUAUUGCCGACAUCACUUUCUUUAAGUUGGCAGAUUUGAAGAAGACAAAGCCAGUGCAGGUACUCCAUCCGUGCAAGGCAUGCAAAGUGCACUUCUUGACUAAGUCAGUCCAACGUGUUCACAAGUGCGAAGAAACAGCCAGCACCACCUGUCAGAUAUGUCAAAAGAAAAUAGAGAUAGAUCUGUUCGAUGCACACAUGCGAAUACAUAACUAUGUUAUCCCCCGUGAGAUUAAAAGUGUCAGUGAUAUGUUACAGAUGCCAAGUAAGUCUCAAAAUGACACAAAGUCACCAGUCACACAAAAGUUAACCAAAAAAGAGACUAAAUCACCUCUAACCAAGUUACCAGAUUUGCUUAUGAAAUACCAGUCGCUGACUGCUCUGUGGAAUAUCCUCUACCUCUGCGCUAUUUGCGACACGUUUACAGAUUCCUACGAUAAAGUCGUAGAGCACUGUCAAAACCACCUCACCAACAUGGAGAACUAUGGAGUGCUCAUAAUGAAAUGCGAGAAAUGCGACAUGAAAUUCGACAGUGAAUGUUACAAGCGGCAUUUAGAACUGCACGCCGAUAACAAGAUAAGCAAGAAAACCUUCCAGAUCUUGAAAUACGAGCAUUACAACCUGUUCUCGGAUAAGUGGUUUGACUUUAUUAAGUUGCCGGAAGAGCAGAAGUCACAGAUUGUCAGCCGGAGUAUAUACGGUGGGAAUAGGUGCGUGAAAAUGAAGCUGAUCCAGCAAGGACCCCCGGAAUACACCCUGUAUAAAUGCGAGAAGUGUCAGAACUGUGUGGUUGCGGACACUAUAGUGUACCACGUCAAACUCGCCAACUGCUGUAAGGCUCACAAAGUCCCGUGCUCCGUGUGUGACAUGACUUUUGCCAUCAGACGCGAUUGUGAAGAACAUGAAAGGAUCCAUGAGACAACUGGUCUCGGACUACAAUCCUUCAGAAUUGUCUCUUUCAACGACGCGAAUGAUGCCGAAGCUAAUAUAACGAUCAUGUCGUAUGACAAUGAAAACCAUGGAAGUAAGAGUAAGAUAUCAUUUACAGAUGACGAAAUUGCACCUAAAACUCCUAAGCUGAGUCAGAAUAGUGCCCCUCUUAAAUCGUUUGUGUUUUAUAAGUGUGCAGAAUGUCAGACGUGUAUUGCCCAUAUGAGAAAUUUUCCGAAACAUGCGUGCAAUAGCUUACCUAAGAGACAAUGUCCCUUAUGUGGAAUCUUGCAUAGUGCAAAGCAAUUUUCAAAGCAUCAAAACCUACAUAAGAAGUUCUCGUUUUCGAGAAAGAAUGUGAUAACAAAAACUAUCAAUAAAGAUGGAAAAGUAAUUAAUAUUAAAAAACAAACUCCAGAGAAGAAACAAAAAAAUAUAAACAAUACACAAAAUCAAACAAACGAUAAUACAGAUCAAAGACCGAAACUGUAUAAAUGCUUCUGUGGUUUACAUUUCACAUCACUGACAGCUAUUGAGAGGCAUUACAAAUCUAAAAAUUGCAGCACUGUUAUACGGGAGAAAUGCAGCCAAUGCAAUUUGGUCUUCGACCCCAUCGAGGUCGUGAACCAUCUUUGCAAGCACCACGCCCAAAACCAAGCCAAAACAUUCAACAUUAUCACGCCGAAUAAAAAGACUUUGUACAAAUGUGGUUUAUGUCACGUUCUUUUCUACCACAAGACGGCAGCUUUCCCUCAUAAAGCCAAAUGCACUGGGAAUUUCUGUGGGAAGAAAUGUGACAAGUGCGGCCUGGCCUUCGACGCCACCAGCCUGGCCACACACAUGGUCGACCACGAGCGCAACAAUAAGCUUAGAACCGACUGCUACGUAAUAGUUAAAAUUCCUGAUGAGACAAUUCCUGAAAUUGAAAAAGGACUACAUCCGAAAAUUCUUUAUAAGUGCAAGUCCUGCGACCUUCAUUUCUUAAGACGAAGUAGUGCUCGAAAUCAUAUAACGAAGCGUACCGACUGCGGCACUACAGUAACGGAGACUUGCAAGAUAUGUAAACGUAAGUUCCCGGCUAAAUCCAUAUUGAGACACGUGGCGUGGCAGCAUAAGAAACUGAAGAUCAAGGAAUUUAACGUUAGAGAACUCAUUUUUGGUGUUAACAGUAAAUUUCCUAAUGUCGUUCAAAAAAAAGAAAUGGUAAAACCCACAGUAAAUAAAGAAGAAGUGGUGAUCCCGCAAAAAUUGCCACUAGCAGUGACAUUAUACAGGUGCGUAAAGUGCAUGUUGCUUUUCACCGAUGAAAGUAGCCUGCUAACGCACCUUGAAGACAGGUGUAGUAAGGAGCUAACUGAUGAAUGUGAGGAAUGCAAUGUUAAAUUCGCUUCUAAAAAUAUCAGGGAUCAUAAUAGACAACAUGGUCCCGGGCUGGCUUUAUCCAUGACUAUCGUAGAAGAUGUACAGGCACCUCAAAUCCCUGACAAGGAAACAGAAAGAAAAUUAAGCCCAACUCCAUUAGAUCCAAAGGAACAUCCAGUCUACAAAUGCACAGUCUGCAAUUUGCAUUACGUAAACAGGAAUACACUAACGAAACAUGAAUGUAAACCUACCGAGGCUUUCAAAUGUGAAGUGUGUGAUCUUGCCUUCACCAAAAAGAGUCUAUUUCGUCACAAGCCAAUCCAUGAGAAACAUAAUAUCAAAAAAGAAGAUGUCGUCAUUUUAACGUUGGCUGAUCUUUUCAAAAUACCUGAAAGUUCUGACAAUAUUAUAACAGAAACUCGAGAUGACCAAAGUCCACAUCCUCCACCCCCGAAGAAUCAUAUACUAGAUAGAUAUGAUAAUAAACUGUACAAAUGCACAGUUUGCAAUAUUCAUUACCUAACCCAGGCCAGUCUUGAAAAACAUAAAGAAUGUAUUCCUGACGCCGGUACGAAAUGCGAAGUAUGUGACAUUGCUUUCACCAGUUACAGUCUGAAACGUCACAUAUUAAUUCACGAGAAAUACAAUUUCCAAAAAGAAGAUUUUGUUAUUUUAACUCUGACUGAUUUAGACCCCAGUUGGAUUAAACGCAGGGUACAGAACAAACAAGAAGUUGAGGAAAACACAUCUUUAGAUUCUAGUUCUAUACCAGAAUCUAAAGAAGUACUUGAGUCUGCAGAAAAGAUUGAACCUGACAAAGCUCAACAAGGAGAACCGAAGGAAGACACUCACGCUUCAAAUAUCACACACAUGUUAUACAAAUGUGCUGAAUGCAAUGUAUACUUUAAUAGACGAAUAACAUGCCACAAACAUAUCGUGAAUCACACUCCGUUAGACCCCAAAAAAUACAUCGAGUGCAAACUCUGUGGUUUCCAAUUCACCUUAAUGGGUUUGCCGGCUCACAUUAAGAAAAACCACGCAAAUUCAUUUAAUUUACAUGAAGUGCUAGUAGAAGAAUACAAACCUAACGAUAUCAAAACGCACGAAACGUAUUACGCUAGCGAAAAAGAUCAGUCUACAUUGGUAAGCACGAGUGAGGAUGUAAAGAACGAUUCUAAUAUAAGAAAAGAAAAUGAUUGUGAGGUUUCAAGCUGUAACGAAAUAGCGGAGAAUGUUGACUCUUCAGAUAACAGUAGUAAACAAGAUAAUAUAGAUAUAGAUAUUACAGGCAAAAGUCGAAGCAGCAAUGAUUUGGAAGAAAUUACAGAACCUAAUUCAAGUAACAUUAAUGAAAUAAUUGAUUCAUCAGAUAAUGGUACAAUGAUGAAUACAGAUAUUGCUGAUGAUAAAACUAAAGUAAAUGAUCGAGUUAGCAACAAUUUUGAAGACAUUACUGAACCUAAUCCAAAUAGUGAUGGACGAGUCGAAUCUUCUCCCAAUAACAGCACACAAGUAAAUGUAGAUGCUGAAGAUAAGACAAAAGUGAUUGGUCAAGAUAGUAAUUAUAAAGAAAUCAAUGAAUCGAACUCGAAAGAAGACAAAAGUAAUAGUUGACUCAUCGGAAAAAAUAGCAUACUUGUUAAUACAGAUGAUAACACAAAAAUAAAUAAUCAAAUUAAUGACGAUUCAAAUGAAAUAGCUGAACCUAUUUCAUGAUGGUAAUUAAAAAAAAACGUUAUGCACACUGCACAUAUUGAUUCCGUGUGGUUUGGCAGGACACUUGAAUCACACUAGUUUCGAGUGAUUAUUAAUGAUGUCUAAAUAAAAAGACUGAACGUUUUUUUAAGAUUUUUUUUAAUAAAAUUAAUAAUUACCUCAUCGAGUUUUCAAAAGUAUAAAUAAAUAUUCUGUUUUAUUUUUAUUAAUUUACUAUUUCACAAUACCCUCUACCCCAGAGACCUAUACAGGUGUAAAAAAAAUUGUUGCCAUCCGUUUAACCUUUUCGGCGCCUUGUCAAACACAAAAGCUGUCACUCGGACGCCACGUCACCGAAGUGUCAAAACUGAAAUUGAGCUUGAUGCAUAUUCAUGUAGGUCUAUGUUGCUCUGUGGUCUGUGACGGAUUAAUCCGUCUUCGGCGUUGAAACUACGGUGCGGAUAUAUCCGUCAUUGUUAUAUGUUUAUGAAAAAGUAUAAAAAAGUAGUUUUUUUUACAUUCUGUAUUACCUAUAGAAAGGUCUCCCAUUCCAUUUUAAAUAUUUAUUUUGACAAAUCAAAACCGCAUUUCCCUUGGUAAGGUUUGAUAUGUGGCCGGCUAGAGGAUACUGUGAACACUGUAUUUAUUCACUUUCUCACGACCUUGUUCGUAUAAAGGUGUUGUAUAUGAUCAUGAGUUACAACGCGAGUUUCAUUUUUUUUUAAAUCUAAAAUAAGAAGUUUAGGUUAAGUGAUUGUUUACAGAAUCAGUAAUGCUUUUAAUUUAAAAAAUGAAGCGGUGUCGAUUUUUUUAUACAAACUUUAUUCGGUUUUCUGACGACGGUGAGUGAAAAGCACUAAUCUUAGCAGUUUUUGACCGCCAAAGACGUCUAAUGACGCGCGCGGCUGCAGCCCAAUAUCAACCUUCGUGAAUACCGACAAGGUUCACGAUGACGCGCCACGUACGGUAGGAGUUGCCUUCAAAAAAAGGGACAAAUAAAAGUAUUCCUGCGUUCCAAGAAAUAAUCUGUACCCCUAGUGUAAAUUUAUUCGAUGGCUUAACGUGACGUACGCGUUUGCGGUAAGUCUCAUUUUGUAUGGGAUUUUGAGUUUCCAAAACGUUCCGCUUGGCGCGCUAAAUCCCAUACUAAAUGAGACUUAACGCAAAUCGAAAUCGAAUAAAUGUACACUAGGGGCUAUGAUGUUAUGUGUAUUUGUUUAUCCGUGAUUCUCUAUAAACCAGAUUUCAGAAUGACUUCUGCUGCUCUGCUAGUCAGAUUUUGAUACCGAUCACAUAAGAUCACUUUUCUCACUUUUAUUGCUAGUGUUUGAAGUGUUAUGAAAUUAAGAAUAAUUCUAGUUUUUAAUACAUUGUUGAUUACUAUGAGUAUUGAUAAAUGUAAUUUAAGUAUGCUGUUUGUUAAUUGUUUAAUAAACGGAUGAUUUUCC